ACUACUGAAGAAUCUACUUACCACUGUCGCCUAUUAUCAGUAAUUUGAAGAGGUGGUCAUAUUCUCUGGCCAUGUCGGUCGCUCCCUUUCAACAAAAGAAUCUAGCGUCGCAGCCUACGCCCGCCGCUUUCUCCUUUUUUCAGAGGCCACGACGCCACACAAAAAGAAACAUUUAAGGUUGUUUCAGAAAGAAGACUCCAAUAUGUCACAAACUAAAGAAAAGAUAGCGAAACACAGCAGAUGCUGACACCGGAUGUUGUACUCUCACUGAUUCUCACUCAGCGCCCUCAGCCCACCCAGCCUGCUUCGGGCGCAGUGGGGCGCAGUCGCUGAACGCACUAUCGCAAUUCAUGUUUUAACCUCCAACGGUUAGCGGCUUCCGGUUCAGCUGAUCUGGGUUGAUCAAACGUGUUUAUUAGUUUUAUUAAGAUCUGUGAAGCCUGAUUCGUGAUGACUAAAUGGGCCAGCGCUUGGAGAGUACGUGAUGUUUUUUCCUGUAUAAUUGCCAAUACGAAGAAACGUGGAUUAUCAACAAGUGCUCGAAAUGAAAAAGAUCUUCGUCCUACAGAAAAAAGUUUCCAACCUAUUAAAAUGGCAUAUGCCUCUUUUGAGUCAAUAAACUCUGUAGAUACAUCCUUAGGCACACCUAUUAUAAUAAUGCAUGGAUUAUUAGGUUCCAAACACAACUGGAAUUCUCUGUCAAAAGUUAUUCACAACAGGACAAAGCGAAAGGUGAUAACUGUAGAUGCUAGAAAUCAUGGUGACAGUCCACAUAUUCCAGAAAUGUCAUAUCCUCAUAUGGCUGAAGAUGUUCGACAGUUAUUAAAAGACUUGAACAUACCAAGAGCUACAGUUGUUGGCCAUAGUAUGGGAGGCAGAACAAUGAUGCUUCUGGCUUUGAAGUAUCCUGAACUGGUUAAACAGUUGAUUGUAGCAGAUAUUUCUCCUGUCCGUGAUAGUCCCAAUUUAAAGGCAAUGCCAGUAUAUCUGCAUGCAUUGAGUGAGGUGAAACUGAAACCUAAUCAGCCAAUGUCAGCAGCUCGCAAGGAAGCUGACAAGCAGCUGGCUGCAAACGUGCAGGAAACUCUUCUGCGUCAAUUCUUUUUGGCCAAUUUAGUUGAGGGUGAAAAUGGGACCUUCAAGUGGAAGAUGAAUCUUGAAGCUCUAACAACUCACUUCAAUAAUAUUGCCUCCUUUCCCCAUGUGGAUAUUAGUUUUAAUGGACCAACGUAUUUUAUAGGAGGAAGCAAGUCAGAUUUCAUAAAGCCUGAAGAUCAUGAAAAGAUUAAAAGGUUCUUCCCAAAUGCAGUCUUUGAGUAUGUUGAAGGUGCUGGUCACUGGUUACAUGCAGAGAAGCCUACAGAAUUUUUAGAAAUAUUAUGCAAGUUUUUGAAAAUGGAGAAGUAAAUUCCUCUUUAAAGAAGGUUAGGAAACAAGUCAUUAAGUAGAGAUAUUAAAAGUGAAAAUUAGAUAAUCAAGGAAUCUUUAUUUCAAAUUAUUUUCUAGCUGAGCUGGAAAAUUUUAAGUUAUUGUAAACAGAAACAUAAAGCAAGUUGGUGCAAUAAAAUUGUCACAGUGUAAUUUACGCUAGCUAUUUCAAGAAAAUAUGAAUAAUUUGUACCUUUCUUUUUGUUCACUCAAGUACGUCUCUGAAUCUUUCACAUUGUUUUCUAUUUGUUUUGUCUACGAUUUGGUUUGAAUUAUUUAAUUGAAUUGUGACAAUAUUUCAGAGUCACAUUAGUAGUUGAAUAUUGUUUUGGGUUGUAGAUUGUUGAAAUAAACAAGUUGUUUUCAAUGGACUUUGUUAUUGUAAUUCUAGACUCCUCUGAACUAGGAUGCUUUGAGUUGGAAAAUGAAUACAGUGAAAACUGUCUGAAGCAGUUAUUAAUCGUUCCAGCAAAGAAGAGUUGGUUGAAAAAAAUUCCGU